CAAAAAUAAGGGAAAGCCUGAUGUUGGACAGCCUACUGCCCACAUGGUUGAAGUAAACAAAAACAAUCAAAAUCACAAGGGAAAAGGCAUCAAACGCAAGAAUGAUAGCCGAGACAAACCAAAUAAGAAUCCUAAGGAUCUGGUUUGUUGGAGAUGUCAAAAGACGGGUCAUGUUAAGCGUGAUUGUCGGGUGAAUCUCAAUAAGAACAAUGCUGCAAAUAGUGGUGGAGGAAACAGUGGUGGUGGAAACAGUGGGCCUCAGGACUCUACUGCAUCUAGAGGAGGAUGAUGACCGUACAUGGUGGGUUGACUCGGGUGCCACAAGUCAUAUGUAUAAAGAUCGUCGAUGGUUCGAGAAAUUGACACCAGUUGAUGAUGGUUCCACGGUGAUGAUGGGUGAUAAGUCGAGUCAACCAAUUUGUGGCUUUGGAGUUGUUAGUCUUACGUUUACUUCGGGAAGAGCAAUAAAGUUGUCUGAUGUUUUAUUUGUUCCUAGGCUUAGUAAGAACCUUGUUAGUGG